GCAGCUGAAGAAAAUCAUUUUUUCCGUUGAAAACUUGCUGUUCAAGAUCGUGAUUGUAGAUGUGCCAAGAAGAACUGUCGCAAGAGACAUCAGUCACUGAUAUAACCCGCUCCAUGCAUGUAGCUGAACUGAAGAUCUGAAAAAAGAAAUGGAGCAAGAGUCAGCCCAGAAUGUACUGGAUAGUGUUCUCUUUGAUGUGUGGGAAGCAGCAGUGCUUCCUCUGUUGUCACUUGCUGACAUCUUUCAGCUAUGCGGAGUUACGAGACACGUCCAGGAACUGCUGCGUAAUGAAAACACCUUCAGGCGUCUAUGUCAGAAUCGCUAUCAGAUUAGUCCAAAUUUGAAACUGUCAUACAUCAAAGUUGCGAGACACCUCUGCAUUGCCACCAGAGUAUCCAGCAUACGUGAAAGCAAACCUGGGGCUAGCCAGCGCUGCAUUAUCGACUACCAUGACCAUAAGUGCCAGGUGUUCAACCAAAAACUCAGAAUGAUUGUGCAAUUGUCCAGUCUAGCGUUGAUGACGCCUACAUCUCAUACAAUUAUCCGGUACAGCCCUCCGCUACUGGAGCCUUUGGUAAAAGAACUUUGGCUAUCAUCAAAAGUCACUUCUUCCUCCCUACCCAACCUUUCAACUUCAUUGAUUGAGGAAAAAUGUAGAGCAGGAGAAGGGGCGAGGUACAGAUUAGCAGACGUGACGAGUUUGUUGUUGGAGAUUUGCGGCUCCCAUGAACUGUACCAAACAUGCAUUCUGAAAAAACUGGAACAGGAUAUUCCGGAGAUUGAGUCGUACUUGCCCUACGCAAACCGCACUUGCAGGCUAAUCAAGCUUGCAAAAUGCUUUAAAAACGUAGCGAGGAGGGAUCCAACAUUGCUGUCAUCACUAGAAUGUGAGAAUCUGGUACCAGCACUACCUCAGCACAUUACUACUCGGUGGAUCUGUAACCUAUACGACCAUCUUCUAAUCGAGAAAGAUAGGAGUCACGUUCUCAGUCAUGACGUGUUAGCCACUCAGAAUUGGAUCGAACUCACGGAGCAGCUAGCAAAGUAUCACUUAGUACUCAAGCUACUGAUCAAGAGAAGACUACGUGUUUCGCAGGUGGAGGAUUACUUCUUGGCUGUCAUGGAGUAUAACGAGAUCUGGCACAGUCUGCCCCAGUCUAGUCGCCCCAGUCGGAAGGUUCUCUAUCAUGACGUGGGAAUCUACCUACUCUCCAGAACACCAAUGUGGAAGCGUGAAAAGGAACUGACAAAAGAGGAAUUGCUGAACGCCAUGGAACAGUGUGGCAAGAAGUGUGUGACAGUGUGUUCCAGUUCGACCCACGAUGUGUGUUGCUGCGCUCGUGCAUCUUGCUGCGUUCGUUUGUAGUUGUGGUUGUUUUUUUCCUGCUGUUGUUGGACCUACGAUGUACAUACAUUACUUGUCUAUAGACUAGAAAGCAUUGUUAUCAGAUUUUCUUGCCUUGAGUUACGCAUGACCGUGUUUAGUGUAUUUGGCAUCUGGCCAAUUGGAUUGUUCUUGAUAAUUCCUUUUCUGGCUGUUUUUCAACGUUUAAACUUUCUGUUCUCUAAUUGUUGUGUUUGUCUCCUGUAUCCAACGGCGGAGACCAGCUGGGUGAUAGUUUUCAAUGAAAUGAGUGAUUGUAAAUGCUUCUUGUAAUUGAGAACGGUUUUAAAUCCAACUUUUAAUUUUAACACCAAACG